AUGCAGCAAAAUAAUUCAGAAGUUGGAUCACUCGAAGCUUGCCUGGAGCUGGACGCCAGGGACUCCUUGGCACACUUCAGAUGCCACUUCGAGCUCCCUGAAGACACUAUCUACCUCGAUGGCAACUCCCUGGGCGCUCUUCCAAAGGCCACUUCUCAACGUUUGUCGGAGGUCGUACAGUUGGAGUGGGGCAGGGACCUCAUCAGCAGCUGGAACAAGCACGGCUGGUGGGAUGCGCAGAAGAGGCUGGGGGACAAGGUAGGCCGCAUUAUUGGGGCUGAGCUUGGCACAGUGCUGGUCGCUGACUCCACCUCUGUAAACCUCUUCAAGGUCGUGGCUGCCGCUCUGGACCUGCACCCUGGCAAGAUCAUUGUCUCAGAGCAGGCAAACUUCCCCACAGACCUAUACAUGCUGGAGGGGCUGAUCAGGCACAUGGGCCGGGGCCAUCAACUGCGGCUGGUUAAUUCCCCAGAGGACAUCCUCGCAGCAAUCGACAGCGAUGUUGCGGUUGCGGUGCUGACUCAUGUGAGCUACCGCACCGGCCGCAUGCUCGACAUGGCAGCCAUCACAGCCCACGCGCAUGCAAGGGGCGCUCUGGUGGUGUGGGAUUUGGCGCACAGCGCGGGCGCCGUGCAGCUCGAUUUGAGCGGCGCUGACGUGGACUUUGCUGUCGGCUGCGGCUACAAGUUCCUCAAUGGCGGCCCCGGCGCGCCCGGCUUCCUGUACGUGGCCGAACGCCUGCAGGAUAAAGUACAGCAGCCUCUGAGUGGCUGGUUUGGCCAUGCAAGGCCGUUUGCAUUCGAGCCCUCCUUCGAGGCGGCCCCUGGCAUCCAGCGGUUCCAAUGCGGCACUCCGCCCAUCCUCAGCCUGACUGCCCUCGAGGUGGGGUUGGAUCUGAUCCUGCAAGCGCCACAGGAGGCUGUCAGGGACAAGUCAGUUGCGCUGGGAUGUCUCUUCAAGCGUCUGAUGGAGCAGGAGUGUUUUGAGUGGGGCUUCCGUCUGGCUUCACCCCCAGAUGCAUCGCAGCGAGGCAGCCAGAUCUGCUUCGCGCACCCGGAGGGCUAUGCAAUCAUGCAGGUGGCCCUCAUUGAAAAGGGAGUGGUGGGAGAUUUCCGCUCGCCGGACAUUCUGCGCUUUGGCUUUGCGCCGCUGUAUGUUUGCUACGUGGACGUUUGGGAAGCUGUGCAGAAGCUGAAGCUGGUCAUGCAGGAACGCCUCUGGGACCAGCCCCGACAUCGCCAGCGCGCUGCUGUGACCUGA